GUAGGCUUAUAUUUUAUCGGUGCAUUUCUCUGAUCAAAUAGAUGAAUACCAAUGUACAAAAGUAUUGUAGUAAAAACUAAGAUUUGUGCCAUGAAAGGAAAGCCUGCGUGACUAUAAUGUUAUAAAGAGAGUACCUACAUGAAUAUAUUACUCCCUCGGGAAAAAUAAAGAGUGUGGAAUCAAAUGAGUUACGUUUAUAGUACUGCUUACAAAUUUCAUUCGCUUUCAAGGGCUUAGAUGGGUUUAGGCCCUUGUCUUGUCUUUUAGAGACUAGGGUCUCUCCUCAUUACAGUAACCAGUACGCCUCCUCAUUACAGUAACUAGUACGCCAACAAUUGGCCGAAUUAGGUAUAGAACUUUGCUUUACCAUAAAGUACACCUCUGCCUAUCCCUUCGGGGAUAAAAGGCGUGAUGUUAUGUAUGUAUGCUUUACCAUACAGACAAUAAUGGGCAUCAAGUAGGUAGGUAGUUGAUCGUCAAUAUUCGAGUUCUAAAAUAUUGAUGAUUUAAUCUGUGGUUUGUUCAUUUUAACCAGUGGUCCAAGUCAUUUUGUGAAGUGAAAAUGACACUGAUGUGACAGACUAUAGCAGCGAUAGCUGUCAAAUUGAUAAAAAUAACCUACAAAUUAUAGACUUCUCAAUGUUAAAUUGAAAAUAUUUACAAAAAAAUGACUGGAAGACUCGUAUUACAGUCUUUGUAUUGUAGCUUUACAAGGAAAGUACCUUUAAAACCCAGUUUCCUGCCGUCAAAUCGGUUAUUCGUUGGUAUAUUUCGAGUUUCAAGUAAUGAGUUUUGUACCAUAACAGAGCCCCAGUUUGUUGAGAAAAAACAUUGUAAUAUUGGAACUAUUGGGCAUGUAGAUCAUGGGAAGACUACGCUCACUGCAGCUAUAACUAAAAUAUUAGCUAAAGAUGGGUUGGCGCAGUACGUAUCGUACGAUGAAAUCGACAGAGCGCCGGAAGAAAAAGCGAGAGGUAUAACUAUAAACGCAGCGCACAUCGGCUAUAACACAAAGCUACGUCACUAUGCACACACAGACUGUCCCGGUCAUGCAGACUUUAUACGCAACAUGAUAUCAGGAGCUUCACAAAUGGAUGCCGCAGUACUAGUGGUAGCGGCCAAUGAUGGACCAAUGCCCCAAACUAGAGAACAUCUCCUAUUGGCUAAACAAGUUGGCAUACAGUAUAUCAUUGUGUUCAUUAAUAAGGCUGAUUUGGUUGAUGGUGAGUUGUUGGAGCUAGUGGAAAUAGAAAUGAGAGAACUACUAUCAGACUUUGGUUAUGAUGGCAACACUGUACCUAUGAUUUGUGGCUCAGCAAUGAAGGCUUUGAAUGGAGACGAGUCGGAAUUCGGUGCACCCUCAAUACGGAAACUCCUUUCAACUAUGGAUGAAUAUGUGCCCCCUAUAGUAAGGGAUUUAUCAUCCCCCUUCCUAAUGCCCAUAGACAACGCGUUCACAGUUCCCGGUAGAGGGACAGUUGUCGUUGGCACAAUCAAAAGAGGUAUUAUGAAGAAAAAUGCCGAGGCUGACCUCUUGGGUUUUGGGCAGAAUAUUAAAACUACCAUUUCGGAUGUACAGAUAUUCAAGAAUAGUGUGCCUGAGGCCUUGGCUGGGGAUAACGUAGGCGUUCUACUGCGCGGUAUGAAGAUGAAAUCAGUGCAAACUGGAAUGCUCCUAACAGCAGCUAAGAGUUGUUUCCUAACUAAUCAUUAUAAGGCAAAGAUUUAUUUCCUAACGAGAAAUGAGGGAGGCAGAAGAAAACCUAUAUUCUCUAGGUAUUCCCAACAAAUGUUUAGUGGUACUUGGAAUAUUGCUGUUAGAAUUGAUUUGGAACCAACUCAACAGAUGAUGAUGCCAGGCGAUCACGGAGAGGUAUACCUAACUCUUUUAGAAGACAUGGUCAUGACUGUAGGCCAGCCUUUCACAGUGCGAGAAAACAAUGUUACCGUUGCAACAGGCAUUAUAACUGAAACACUAUCCUCUAUUAAUGUGCCCAAAGGAAAAUUAGGGAAAGUUGUACUGAAGUUUGAUGAUUAAGGUGUAUUUUUGUUUGUACAUUAUUAUAGGCUGUAGAUAUUAUAAUGUUGAUAAAUUAUGUUAUAUGUUUAUAUUUGGGAUGUUAUUUAUUGAUUCUUUUAAAUUUUGAAAAAUGUAUAUUAACAUAUAGAAGCUACCUUAUUUGGUAACUGGAAGCAACAAAAGUACUAGAUCCUACACUACUCAUAUACUACACUAGCGCCAUCUAAGUAACGCAAAAAUGUAUGGUAUAUCAUAUUUAAAUGUAAUCUCUUGUUCAAUUAAGUAAAAUGGGAUGGAUAGGGACAGAAGAGGGGUGAAUCGAUACUAUGAAGAAUUUCUCAAGAUCUCCUUACGAUCUUUGUCCUUAUGUACUAAAGUAUACAAAAUGUCCUGAAAACAAGUAAAUAAGAAAUAAAACUGCACAAAACAUUUUAUUCAUUAUAUAUUUUUUGUCAGAAGGUAAUUAAUACAGUGCCAAAACAGUAACAAAACAUUAGUACGAAAAAAUCAAGAAUGCAUCUAGCAUUAACUACUCAAAUACCAUAUAUAAACAAUAUCCUAUGUCGAAAGUAGGACAACAUUUAACACUUAUAUUUUUCACAACGUUUGAACAUGAGUUGGCAUAGUAAACUAUUUAUUUUUCUCAAUAAUAUAUAUAAAUUGUGAACUAGACUCAUAACACCGAUACGCCUAAUGGAUAUUUUAUUUAUUUUUUUCUCUACAUUAUUAUUAUAGGGGUAGUUAUGUGCCGUGUCAAUGUAUUAAUUCAUAAGUGCAGUCCAUUUAUUGUGUCAAUUUCAAUAUUUUAGUUACACAGAUACUUAAAGCAAUAUCGGAAUCAGCUGUGCAUAUUUUAAUAUCGAUUAUCGAUAACAUCGAUAUUGCAACAUCACUAUUUAGUAGUGCUGUGGAUAAAGAAAAUUACUUAGUGAUUUUAUGUCUCUUUUUGGCAAUAUCUAAGCUGUUAGUGCUCUCACUCUUAUUAAAUUAAGCAUGCCAUCACUAAAUAGUUCUCUCGAUAUAAAGAAUACAUAUUUCACGCUAAACACAAAUACAAUACAGAUUUAACCAAUCAAAUCGCUUCCUCAAUUCAUUCGUCAUUCUCAUUAGAUAUGCUUUGGUCAAUACGUACGAAGACUUACAUACCAAAAAUUUUCGUACGUUCAAUAAUUUCACACAUAUAUUUUCCAACAUAAUUUACUGCACAUAACUACCCGAAUUACAAUACUGUGUAAGAGCAGAUCUUGCGACAUCUGCCGCGACAAAAUCCGCCCUAAAAUCAGUCUGUCACUUGAUCAACAUGCUGCGUACAUCUAACAUUAAAUCACAAAAUUACUGUAAUGUAUACACGUUCUAACAUGAAGAAAGACAGAAGUAACCUUCAAAAUAUUUUAUUAUAUUUUUUUAUUAAACCAUCUAUUUCAAAUGCUAUAGGUACCAUUAGCAUGUGAUGUGAGCUAAUCUUAUUAUAUCCUUGGUCCAAUGCGAGCUAAACUUGGCAUCUUAUGUUACAAAUAGCUUCGUUUCAAUUUUCACUUCAUUAUUUUUUUUUUAUUAAUUUGAAAAAUUAGUGUUUUACCCGCUUUUCGAUAAUGCGCGUCUCAUCUCUAAUCCAUUACAAUAACAAGCGAGAUUUUUUUAUAAAAAAAUAAAACUACGUUCUAAACAUUCGACGUUUUAGUUGAGGUAAAAAUAUCGAGUUUUUACAAGCGAGUACAAAAAUGAGCCAAUUAUAAAAUAGUUUUUUUAGGACAUCAUCUAUAUUUAACAAUAAAUAACUAUCGAUUGGACAUUCAACAUACGUACGUAUAAUUUUACGCGGUAACAUUUAUAGGUAUUUGCUAUAGAAGUGUUUGAGUCAAACUCUAUUACAGAAUCGAGAGAGUACCAUAGCAUCCUAUGAUGAUAAUUAUUACAAAAUGUACGGUAAUGUAUUACAUUGUGCAUUUUCUAAGACGAAGCUAACAUUUGGAUAAACAUACAUUUAUUUAUUCCUCGUAUACUUAAAGCUAUUUGAGUUACAUUCAAAACGUGCUAGCCACCAAAUUUGCCACAGAAAAUAGAUUACACAAAUCAUCUUUUUAAAAUUGGACUUUUCUCAUUAGAAUGAAGAAGGUUUUAUUUAAAAUCUUAGUCUGUUUCCAGUGACAUCUGGCGGCGGGCGUCUAGAGACGUGCAUUAUCAAAGUAUACAUUUAUUAGCACACCACAAUACGAUUUCCAUCGCGAUACCAAUACCACGGAAUUAAGUUUUAAUAAGCUCAUAAAAUUCGAUAUUCACCACAGACAGUAAUAUUUUGUAUCCAUUAAUAUAUAUUCAUUAAGUAUCUUAAAAACACCUAUUAUUUUUUUAUUACACGGACAGAUCCAAAGUUAUACAUGAGAUAAGGACUAGCGAUCAUCAAUCUAUGUAUUUUUAUAUUAAAAAUAGUAUUCGCGCCUACAAAGCUUUGCUAAAAACAACAAAAAUAUAACAAGAAACAAUGAUAAUAAAAACAGAAUGCAGGUAAUAAUGGGCAUUAUCAACAGUGGCAGUGUUCGAAGAAAUGCUAAAAUAGUUGCAUUGAAAUGUUAUACAACUCUCUAUAGGGAGCGAGAGCUGGGUACCUUUUGCAAGCUCAGUGUGGCCGCUAAUACAAUGUUAUGGCAAUAUAUAGACGUUCACUGCUACCGGACUAAAUGUAGUGAGAUUUCAAACACUGAACAAAUGACUUAAAAUAUCCCAUUACAUUCGUCUUGUUUAACUGAAUAAAACACUGUCACUUAUAACUUAAAUUAUAAUAAAAUACACUUAUUGGUGUCGACAAGUAGUGUUCUAGCACCACGAUACA